GCGUUCAACCGGUGCUGAGUUUAGAGGGUCUCUGUCUGCCAGUCCGAGCGCAGGGACUCCUGUGGAACACUGAAGCUCCAGCUUUUCACCCUUUCACCGCUGGAUACGCGCUACCUGAGCUUGGAUUGACUUUGAACUGAAAUCGAAGCCCCGCUGUGUCCUUUUUAAGUUUUUUCCCCCUUUUUUUCCUUUUUUUGCUUUUUUUGUGUGGAAGUGUCAGACACUUGACGAAGACAAUGGGGUCCCAGGCGUCCAAAGGAGAUGUGGCCACCGAGGGGAACUCUGCUCCUGCUGCCGCCGCUGCUGAUGCUGCUGCGGCUGUCAAAACCAACGGACAGGAGAACGGGCAUGUGAAAACCAACGGCGACGUCUCCUCAAAGCCCGACGGAGAUGCCGCGGCCACCAACGGCUCGGCCGAGGCAGCCAAGGAGCCGGAAGGCGGCGCGGGGGGCGAUGCUAUCGAACCAGCGCCCGCUGCAGAUGGAGAGACUGCCAAAGCCGAAGGUGAGGCUGCGGCCAAGGAGACCCCCAAGAAGAAGAAGAAGAAGUCCUUCCUGAAGAAGUUCAACUUUAAGCUGAAUCUGAAAAAGAGCAAGAAGAACGAGGCAGUCAAAGAGGAAGCAGCGGCCGCCGCCGCCACCUCUGAGGAGAAGCCGGCCGAGAACGGAGCCUCCACUCCCGCAGAGGAGGAGAAGAAGGAGGAGGCGAAGGAGGAGGAGGCUGCCGCCGCCGCCGCCGAUGCUGCCCCCGCUGCCCCCGCUGCCGAAAGCCCCAAGGCAGAGGAGGCUCCGGCAAAAGCGGAGACUCCCAAAGAGGAGGUGAAGGAGGCAGCCGCUCCAGCCCCCGAGGCCACAAAACCGACAGAGGAAAGCGGCUCAGCCGAAGCUCCCUCUGAAAAGAAAGAGUGAUUGUACCUUAAGCUCCCAAUGAACUCGGUGAACUGCUUUGCGAGAAAGAAAGAAAGAAAGAGAGAGAGGAAGAGAAAAAUUUUAAAGUAUAUAUAUAUAUUUAUAUAUAUGUGUAUAUGUAUACAUAUGUAUAUGGAUAUAUGUAUAUGUAAAUAUAUACACAUGUAUGUGAGGGACUCCUUCGACGUGCUACUUUUUCGUCACAGUAUCAAAACAACAGACUAGAUUCUCACUAGGUCACUUCCGUGGUUAUACUGCUUGACAUCCGGACCUGGACUAGGGCUUAGGCUGCGGCUUGGUCGCGAAGUGGAAAACGGACUCAUGGCUAGAGCACGAGUUAUUGACACCAUGAGAGGGAUAGAGCUGAAGUGAAGUGUGUGUUUCCUUGAAUGCCUCACCAGUGCUGAAGGAAUGACGAUAGAUGAGAUACUAAGACACCACCACAACCACCACCAUCACCAUCCCUCGAAGUGACUGUUAAUAGAAGGAGAAAACAAACAAAACACAAAAAAAAAAAAAAAAAAUGAAAUCAGAAAAUGAAGAGACUUGCCAACUUUUUACAUUCCUAUAUUUUAACCCCAAAAUUUGAAGUAUUUUGUGGUGUAUUAUAGAGAACCAUCUUAAAGAUACAGAAAAGUUAUGUCUUUGUUUAAAGGAAAAAAAAAA